AACCCAGACGGGAAAAGGCCAGCAGACAAGGUCGCUUUUCCCGGCGACACCGCAACGGCGAGGCGCGUGGUGCUGAAUAGCGUCCGCCCGCUCAGCCUGGGGACCGCGGGGCUCUCGGCCGCGAACACAAAGGAGAGGAGACCGGCGGGAGCGGGAGAGGCAGGCGCGCAGCAGUUCGCUCUGCACCUCCGGGAAGCCAGGCUCGUCUCCCUGGCGGGGGAAGGAAGGGGCGCCUGACGGUCGGCAGGAGGAGGAGGGAGCGGGUUUCCCGCGGAGACGCGGGACGCGGCAGAACUCUGGACAGCGCCUCGCGAGCGGGACUCGGAGCCCCGGGCCGGCGGGCGUCCCGGCUGCUCUGCAGAAGCCCCGCCACCCGGUCCCUCCGCGCUCCCGGACUCCGACCCCCGAUCCUCCCAAGAUCCCUGUCUGGACGGGCCAGGGGGCGGAGCGGCUCCUUCGCCUUUGGCCGGGCCAGGGAAGAGGGUCUCCGGUUCUGGACAUCCAGUCCUUGCGGACAAUGCUUCACUGGUGAAGAAAGAAAAGUUUUGGGGUCUGGUAGAGGGAGGAAGGGGUAAGGACGACAGUGGAAGAGAGAAGGUGGAUGGUUGGUUUCCCACGCUGACCUGGAAGGAAUGAUGACCGAGGAAGAAUGUGCACCAGCGGCCAGAUUAUUGGGAGCCUCUUGGUGCUCUCCGUGCUGGAGAUAGGGCUGGGGGUGUCCAGCGUGGCCGUGGGGGCGGUCAGCUUCAGCCUGGCCCUCCGACAGCACAAGCCGCAGCUCGGAGACUCGUCCCCGGUAUGGAGCGGGGUGUGUUUUCUUCUUUGUGGCAUAUGUGGGAUAUUGUGCGCCAAAAAAAAAUCUGGACUUGUCAUGAUCCUCUUUUCCGCCUGCUGCAUCUGUGGACUCAUCGGGGGCAUCCUGAAUGUUCAGUUCCUCCGAGCAGUGACAAAGAAGACCUCUUCCCUCUAUCCUCUGCAUCUCGCCUCCAUGUCUCUUGCCUGCAUUGGGAUUGGUGGCUGCACCCUCUCUUCAUGGCUCACGUGUCGCCUAGCCAGCUAUGAACAGAGGAGGAUGUUCUCAGAAAGGGAGCAUUCGCUGCACCACUCUCAUGAGAUGGCCGAGAAAGAAAUGACAGACAGCAUGAGCAAUGGAGGACCACAACUGAUGUUUAAUGGAAGAGUAUAGCCGAUGUUUUAAAGAACUGGACAUUUUUUAGGACUUUCAUGAGGCAAGGAAACACCAAAGGACUGGGAGAUAAAACUAAAACAUUUGUUGCAUUUGCUGUUACCUCUCCUGAGCAUCCACUAAAAUUAUUCUUCCUCAAUUUUGCCUCACUUAUGUCCUCAGCUUUUUUUACUGGGUGAAAAACUUUCCAGAAAUGUUCUAGUACAGAAAUCUCAACAUUUUCCAGAUGGCUCUUAAAAAGACAUUUCAAGAAAAAAAAAAUAAGAAAUAGAUAAAACAGAAGGGUUCAUAUUCUGUACAAACACUUUUUGACUAGCAUGAGGGUUAGAUCUGUCAUGAUGUAUUUCAUGUAAGUAAUUCAAAUUGCAACUAUCAAGAAAUAACAAUAACUUACUGAGUUUGUGUUUUGAAAGAUGUUGGUUUCAAGAAUACCACAAUUCAAAACCUCAGCAAUGCCUUGUAAAAACAUUGCAAUGAUUUUCAAUUUGAAUAAACUAUAUUUCCUAAUUUAUUUGUAAAAGACAAAAAACUUAAAGCAUAAAAAGAUUUUUAGAGAAAGAAUACUAA